UUUACUUUCCGCCAAUCGUCGACAGAAAACUCGAUCAUCAAGGACGCUUAAUCGUUCCCCGCAGUCUGUCAAUAAAUAUCGUUUAUAUACUGUCUAUGAUAAAUAUGGCUUUGAGACGAGCGCUGCAUUUUGUUUUCAAAGUUGGUGACAGGACCAAAACUGCCAUGUUUUACCGAGAUGUUCUGGGCAUGAAGAUUUUACGCCAUGAAGAGUUUGAGGAAGGCUGCAAAGCAACGUGUAAUGGCCCCUACGAUGGAAAAUGGAGCAAGACAAUGGUUGGCUUUGGCCCAGAAGAUGACCAUUUUGUUGCUGAACUGACAUACAAUUAUGGGGUUGGAGAGUAUCAACUUGGCAAUGACUUCUUGGGUCUCACUCUGCAGUCGAACCAGGCUGUAAGCAAUGCUAAACGUCUGGGAUGGCCUCUUACUGAGGUAGGAGAGGCUCUGUAUCUGACCCAGGCCCCAGGAGGGUAUCCUUUCUACCUUGUAGACAAAGAGCAGCCUCUCAGAGACCCUGUGCAGAAGGUUUGUCUCGGAGUAUCGGACCUCCAGAGAUCGACCCACUACUGGACUACGCUCUUGGGAAUGAAGGUGAUUGAAAAGAAUGAGGAAAAGAAAACUGUGCUGAUGGGAUUUGCAGACACGCAAUGUAAACUGGAGCUUCACGAUAAUGGUGGGACAGUAGAUCAUGGAACAGCAUUUGGAAGAAUAGCAUUUUCAUGCCCACAGGAGCAACUGCCUGACCUCGAAGCCACGAUGAAAAAUGAAAAUCAGAAAAUUCUCACUCCAUUAGUCAGCCUGGACACUCCUGGAAAGGCCACAGUAGAAGUGGUUAUUUUGGCCGACCCAGAUGGUCAUGAGAUUUGCUUUGUGGGAGAUGAGGCUUUCAGGCAACUGUCACUGGUGGACCCCAAAGGAAAUGAACUGCUUGAUAAGGCUAUGGCCGAAGAUAAAAGUGACGAGUGGUUUGCCAAACACAAAAGACAGAAAGCUGCUGCAUGAGAUAAAGGGGCUUGCCUGGAAAAUUGUGCACCAUCAAUUUCUCACCAGUUCGUAUGAUGACGAGAUGCUGCACAAGGCACCUGUGGUGUAAAUGCUCUUGUAAUGACAACUCGAUUAUCCUAAAGCUGGCAGUAUGAGAUUUAUUUUUCACCUGGAUGCAUGCCAUAAGGCACAGGAGCACUGACAGCAACACUGUGAAAGGGCCACUUGUUCAAUUUGAUGGACAUUUUUCCAAUUAGUAUUGUUCCUAUCAAUAAGGUAGAGAGGUAGGCAAAAAGUCAAAUAGGUGCAACUUAUUCUUUCAAAAGUCUGAAAGAUUUUUGCUGGUGAGCCCCUGUUGACUCUUCACCAACCAUCGUCUGUGCAUUGUUUAUGUACUAAUUAAUGCAUUUAAUUACUAGAGUAAUACUACCUGGCCAUAAGAUUCAUAUGCAUCAGUUAGUUUGAUUAAAAACAACUUUACUUCGGGGACGGCCUCUAGCUCACCCAGUAAGAGUGUUCGCCCCAUGUUGGCUGAGUCCUGCCCUUUGCUGUGUGUUAUCCCCCAUAUCUCUCCCCCUUUCAUGUCUAUCUACUGUCACUUCAGAAUAAAGGGAAAAACCCCCAAAAAUGCAUUUCAAAAAAUGUACCAUGUAAAAUUCCAUAAAUGACCAAACCCCAAUUACAUGCAGUGCACCUGGAGCAUUUAGAGGUUUGGGGACCCUUGGCAGUUGUUGGAAUACCAGCUUCAAGUAUCAACCAUUAAAGUAUAUGCAGCAUCAUGUUUACAAAUAAAUGCAUUCAUUAUGAUGUAUUAGCAAAAGUUUAUUCAUGUGGUUGAGUUACACUGAUUCUUAUUAUUUGCAAAGAUACAUAAUGUACUCAUCUGGUUGAAAUAAAUUUUCCUUUCACUAGUUAUAGUUAGUCAA